GCGGGGCGGGGUCGCGUCUGCUGCAGCCACGGGGUGCGGCUGGGGAGGGGGGCGCGGGCGCUGCUUCCAGGAAGGCGGGUCCGCGCGCGGCCCCUACCCGGCUCCCGCGGUCCGCCGGUCCCCGAGCUUCCAGAGACCCCCCCAGUGGAGCCCGCGUCCUGGAAGGGGCGCGCCAGCGACUGGGCGGUGGCAGACGCAGACGGUGAGUCUGCCGGGAAAGGGAAGGAUGUAGGUGCCACAGCGCCCCUUCCUUUCUGCAAAGGCUUCUUCUUCCCUCCAGCUGCAGCUUGAACCAUGUUUUUCACCUGUGGCCCAAAUGAGGCCAUGGUGGUCUCGGGGUUCUGUAGGAGUCCCCCAGUCAUGGUGGCUGGAGGCCGAGUUUUUGUCCUGCCCUGCAUCCAGCAAAUCCAGAGGAUCUCUCUCAACACAUUGACCCUCAAUGUCAAGAGUGAAAAGGUUUACACCCGCCAUGGGGUCCCCAUCUCCGUCACGGGCAUUGCCCAGGUGAAAAUCCAGGGCCAGAACAAGGAGAUGUUGGCAGCUGCCUGCCAGAUGUUCCUAGGGAAGACAGAGGCUGAAAUUGCCCACAUUGCCCUGGAGACACUGGAGGGCCACCAGAGGGCUAUCAUGGCCCACAUGACUGUGGAGGAGAUCUAUAAGGACAGGCAGAAAUUCUCAGAGCAGGUUUUCAAAGUGGCCUCCUCAGACCUGGUCAACAUGGGCAUUAGUGUGGUCAGCUACACUCUGAAGGACAUUCAUGAUGACCAGGACUAUCUGCACUCUUUGGGGAAGGCUCGAACCGCACAAGUUCAAAAAGAUGCUCGGAUCGGGGAAGCAGAGGCCAAGAGAGAUGCUGGCAUCCGGGAGGCGAAGGCCAAGCAAGAAAAGGUGUCCGCUCAGUACCUGAAUGAGAUCGAGAUGGCCAAGGCACAACGGGACUACGAGCUGAAGAAGGCGGCCUAUGACAUUGAGGUCAACACCCGCCGUGCACAGGCCGACCUGGCCUAUCAGCUGCAGGUGGCCAAGACCAAGCAGCAGAUCGAGGAGCAGCGCGUGCAGGUGCAGGUAGUGGAGCGCGCCCAGCAGGUGGCGCUGCAGGAGCAGGAGAUCGCCCGGCGCGAGAAGGAGCUGGAGGCGCGCGUGCGCAAGCCGGCCGAGGCCGAGCGCUACAAGCUGGAGCGCCUGGCGGAGGCGGAGAAGUCCCAGCUGAUCAUGCAGGCGGAGGCCGAAGCUGAGUCUGUGCGGAUGCGUGGUGAAGCGGAGGCCUUUGCCGUCGGUGCCCGAGCUCGUGCUGAGGCAGAGCAGAUGGCCAAGAAGGCGGAAGCGUUCCAGAUGUACCAGGAGGCUGCCCAGCUGGACAUGCUGCUGGAGAAACUGCCUCAGGUAGCAGAGGAGAUCAGUGGUCCCCUGACCUCAGCCAAUAAGAUCACACUAGUGUCCAGUGGAAAUGGGACCGUGGGGGCAGCCAAAGUGACUGGGGAAGUACUGGACAUCCUAAGCCACCUGCCAGAGAGUGUGGAGAGACUCACUGGCAUCAGCAUCUCUCAGGUGAAUCACAAGCCUUUGUAGACAGCCUGAGCCCUCAGCCCUCACCGAUGCCUGGACGUGUGGCUCAAGUGACCUGAGUGUAUCUUGUUGCAUGUACCUCACCUGGCCUUCCCGAACAUGCCCUCUAACAAGAGGGGUGCCCCAUCUCUCCUUGCCAAAUAGCCUGUGCCUUGGAAGAGGGGGUUGCUCCCCUUCCCAGCCCCACAUUACCAGUUGUGAGCCAGUCCCCACACCAGAUUCUUAUGGUCCCACUAUACUUCAGCCCAACUAUUUAAAUCUUCCUAAUUAAAUUAGACUGCCUAA